UAUAUAUAUAUAGUAUCAAUUACCAUACGUAUACAUACAGUUUUCUACUAUCAUGUAGUUUUUUUCUAGCUAGUAUGCCCUUCAUAGUAAAGAUUUCAGAGUAGACAGAUUUUAAUAGAGUUUAAAUGUGAAACGGAAAGUAUUUGGUGAGGGUAGGUUAUGCUACCCUGAAAAUUGUGUUUUCUACUGCUCAAAUAUUUUCUCCCUGAAAAAAAAAUGUUUCAACGUGUUUUUCAACAUAACUAUUAAUGGCUUUUAAUUUCGCCACCUUAUAGCGCAUUUAUUGCGUAAAGAAAAACUUUAUUAAAUUUGAUUGCAUACAUUCAGUUCAUGAACGUAAAUGAUUUUGUUUUCGCGCCAGUGAUCUUGAAACAACUACAAUCCCCGAAACCUGUUUGUUUUCAUAAUUAGCUGUGACGUAAAGCGCGUCAUCCAGUGGGCAGGGCCUUGCGCGUGACGUCACCGUGUUUGGUCUCCUUCGCCGACUCUGAAGUGAGCGAGUGCCAGUCAGCAGCCAGCCAGCCUCCGCUUCUCACUUCAUCUAACUAUGGUCUGAAGAGGAAGUCAUGAAUCUCCGAGGCGUUUUUCAAGAUUUCAACCCCAGUAAGUUCCUGAUCUACGCCUGUCUGCUGCUCUUCUCCGUGCUGCUGUCGCUGAGGCUGGAUGGCAUCAUCCAGUGGAGCUACUGGGCCGUGUUCGCGCCCAUCUGGCUCUGGAAGCUCAUGGUCAUCAUCGGGGCUUCUGUGGGCACCGGGGUCUGGGCACAUAACCCUCAGUACAGGGCCGAGGGCGAGACCUGCGUGGAGUUUAAGGCGAUGCUGAUCGCCGUGGGCAUCCACCUCCUCCUGCUCACCUUCGAGGUGCUGGUGUGUGACCGUGUCCAGCGGGGCUCGCACUUCUGGCUGUUGGUCUUCAUGCCGCUCUUCUUCGUGUCGCCCGUCUCGGUGGCAGCGUGCGUGUGGGGAUUCAGACACGACCGGUCACUCGAGCUCGAGAUCCUGUGCUCUGUAAAUAUUCUUCAGUUCAUCUUCAUCGCUCUGAGGCUGGAUAAGAUCAUCACCUGGCCGUGGCUGGUGGUGUGCGUGCCGCUGUGGAUUCUCAUGUCCUUCCUGUGUCUGGUGGUGCUGUAUUACAUCGUCUGGUCUGUGCUCUUCCUGCGCUCCAUGGACGUCAUCGCCGAGCAGCGGCGCACACACAUCACCAUGGCUAUCAGCUGGAUGACCAUAGUGGUGCCCCUGCUUACCUUUGAGAUUCUUCUCGUUCACAAGCUGGAUGGUCAUUAUAACUCCAGCUACGUCCCGGUGUUUGUUCCCCUCUGGGUUUCUUUGGUGACUUUGAUGGUGACGACGUUUGGCCAGAAAGGAGGCAAUCACUGGUGGUUUGGCAUCCGCAAAGACUUCUGCCAGUUUCUUCUCGAGCUCUUCCCCUUCCUGAGGGAGUACGGCAACAUAUCCUACGACCUGCACCACGAGGACUCCGAGGUGUCCGAGGAGCUGCCCAUCCACGAGGUGCCUAAAAUCCCUCCCAUGUUUCGUAAGAAGACGGGUGUGGUGAUCACCCAGAGUCCUGGCAAAUACUUCGUGCCGCCGCCCAAACUGUGCAUCGACAUGCCGGACUAACACCCAAAUAUUCGUGAAUAGUAGUAUAGCACUAUGCAUUGGGCUCCUCUUCGGGACGACCGUUGAAGAAGAUGAUGAAGAAAAUACAACGGAUGCUUCUCCUGAGACUCUUAAGGAAGGACGUUUGUGUUCAGGCUAAGCUCAGAUACUGGCUCCCGAGCGUUUUCUAUACUAUAGCCCUGUGUCUAUAAAAAAAAUCCAUCGACGGGACCGGUUGCCUUCUGGAUCGAACUCCAAGGAUUGGCUGAGAGACUGUCUAAACUGUAUAUAAGCAAAGUGUUCGUUUUUUUUUUUUUUUUAACCAGUUGUUUUUUUUUUCCUCUGUAUUUUAAAUCCAUGUAUGGUGUAGGCAUUCAAUUACGCGUCCGUCGGUCUUGGCUACCAUUGGUCCUGAACCUGCAGGAUUUUGUGAGCGACGGCCGCUCGUUUCUACCGUGCUUGCAGCCUCUCCGGUGAAAAGAAAGCAUUGGUAUAAAAGCACUAUUUACGUCGAUCAGAAGUGGAUUUUUUUUUUCCUUCGUCUGAUAGGCUGCAUCCAUAUGUGACCGAGGCUAGCCAAUGAAAGACAUAGAUGUCGAGAUGUUUUCACUCCGGUGUGAUAUGUAUUGAUUUCGCACCUCUUACAAACAGUAGGUAACCUCUCUUGAAAUUAUAACCUCUACCUGUCUCUUGUAAUUUCAGCCCCGUUGAGUUAGUAAGUUUUCUUUUUAUCCGCUUUUAAGUGAUGACCAGUCGCAGUAUGUUGCUUUAUCCUGAUCUGAAAACGUAUUUUUAAACGUAUUUUUAUGUUGGAUACUGUCAUGCGAGACGAUAUGAAAUAUUGUCCUGCUGUUCAAUGGCUAGCAGACACACACUUAAUUAACUUUCUCAGCUGGACUGAGUGAAUAGCCAUAGAAAUAUUUUUUUUUUUCUUGUGGAUGUGGACCAAUAUCACGGUUUUAUUCCCCGCUGUACACCUUUCCCCCCCUCGACGUCCAGUGUGUCCAUUCCUCUGUAAAGGAUAGACGUACCGUAGCUCUCGGCAGUGCCUCACAUUAAAAUGUUAUCAUGCAAAA